CCCCCGCCUGUCUCUGCCAUUCUGUACUUCCUCCUGCAUUAAACAACAGCGGUAACCACCACACAUUGGCGCCGCCUCCCGUCCCCCGGCGUUCCAAUUGGUGAUUCCUUUCUUCAAACAGCCAAUGAAAAUGCUCAGCAUUCCUAUCCUCAUUAACAUACCACUUUGGGCGCUGCCUAUUUAAUCCGGGCUCCAAACAGCUUCUGCUUAUUAUUGUGUUUGAAGCCGACGGGGAAAUGCCUGAUGCACCGAAACCCGCUCCCAAGAAGGGCGCCAAGAAAGCUCCGUCCAAACCGACGAGCAAAUCUAGCAAGAAGCGCAAGAGGUCGAGGAAGGAGAGUUGCGCCAUCUACAUCUACAAAGUGAUGAAGCAGGUUCACCCCGACACCGGCAUCUCCUCCAAGGCCAUGACCGUCAUGAAUUCAUUCGUGAACGAUAUUUUCGAGCGCAUCGCGGGUGAGGCUUCCCGUCUGGCCCAUUACAACAAGCGGUCUACCAUCAGCUCCCGGGAGAUCCAGACCGCCGUGCGCCUGCUGCUGCCCGGGGAGCUGGCCAAGCACGCCGUGUCCGAAGGGACAAAGGCGGUGACCAAGUACACCAGCUCCAAGUAAAGACAAAACAAACGGGAAAAUCAAAGGCUCAUUUAAGAGCCACUCACGUUUUCAUUAAAAGAGUUAUUCAAUGUUGAGACAUGGAUGUGAGGUAAAUUUGUAAGUUUCUUGUUGACACGCUCAUUCAGAAUCUUAUUUCCGUUACUCAGAACUUGCUGUCCACUCUUCAGCGUAAUCCCGAUUUCUCUGUUAAUUCCUGCCCUCUGCACAGACACGGAAUCGCUACGCACCCCUUCCCCGUUGUUACUUCUAGGUCAGGAGUCGGCAACCUUUACCACUGAAAGAGCCAUUUGGACCCAUUUCCCACAGAAAAGAAAACACUGGGAGCCACAAAACCCAUUUGAUAUUUAAAAUGAGAUAACACUGCACACAACGCUUUUUUUGUCUUUAUGCUAUGUAUAAACAAACUAUAAUGUGUUGCAUUUAUGAAAUUGAUAAACUCCUGCAGAGAAAAUGAAAUUACAUUUCUGCAUGCAACAAAAACAUUUUGAACUCCGAAAAAAAGACGUUGGGUUGAAGGUUACUUUUAAGUAAAAUACUCAGUCUAUUUGAGUCCUUCUUGUAUUUAUGAAAAACGCCGAACUUAAACUGUCCGCCAGCAGCAAACCAAAAAUAACGUCAGCCAGCUGUCACCCUGAAAAAUAAAAGGACUAUUUCACUGAACAAUGAAAAAAUAUGAAUAUACCUAAAAUAAUAGGCAAUUAAAAUAUUUAUCAUACUUGGUUAAUGGGAUUUCUGCUCCUGGACUUCAGCGCACAGCGUCUGCACAUCAGGGCUAUAUGACGUCACCUUCAUCGCAAGCUGUUAUCUGUGAGGCGUGCACGAUGUUUGUUUUUAAUAAAGUUCAUGUUGGAGAACACCUGCUCACAUACAUAUGUGGAUCCAAAGAUCGACAGGACUCCAAGCGCAUACUUCUUAAUGUUUACCUAAGUGUCGGGGAUAGCAUUCCAUGUUUCGAACACAAGUUUGUCCGAUUUGGAGAGGUUUUCAAUAUCACUCCAUUUGUGAUUCUGAGCAAGAACGGA